AUGCCAUCAUCGUUAAGAAGAAAAAGAUCUAAUUCUGUUGAUUCUGAUGAUUCUGACGGUGAUAAUGGCAUCCGCCAUUUACCCCCUUCGUCCCCACAGGGUCAGCGAUAUCCCCCUUCAUCACCACCAGCAGCUUUUUUUGAUGAUUCAGAGAAUCGAGAAGAUGAGAUUAGAGAUGAAGAUGAUAUUGAUGAACUAGAGGAACUUGCAGAAGAAGUUGAAGGAGAAGAUCUUUAUGGAGAUAACAUGUACAAAGAUUAUCAAACACGAGAUGACGAUAACUACGAUUUAAAUGAUGACCAAAUCGAUGAUGCCAACUAUGACGAUGAUCCAGAAGCUCGUCGAAAAGCUGAACAACAGCUUGAGUACCGUGACCGAUUGCUGCAGAGAACUCGCCAGGGUCUGCCUGAUGCCUUUGUUCCAAUGGAAGAAGAAGAGGAGGAUCUAUAUGGUGGAGCGCUUCCUACAACACGACGUCAUAGAUACAGAUAUGAAGAUGACGGUACUGAUGGACUUGAUGAAGAAGGAUUGGCUCCACAACUGUUAUCAUUAGAAGCCAUUGCCGAUGUUAAAGCAAAUACAGUUGCUGAGUGGAUAUCAAUUCCAAUAGUCAACAAUAGUAUUGCUCGGGAGCUAAAAAAGUUUUUGGUAGAACUGACAGAUGAAAACAAUGAAUCAGUAUAUGGCUCGAGAAUUCGUACUCUUGGAGAACAGAACUCCGAGUCUCUCGAAGUCGAUUACAAUCACUUGAUGGAAAGCAGAGCUACCUUGGCUAUUUUUCUUUCGUUGGCCCCGGCUGAGAUGCUGCGCAUCUUUGACGUUGUGGCUAUGGGCGUCGUGUUGAUUCAAUAUCCACAAUAUGCUUCUAUUCACUCUGAGAUCCACGUGCGCAUCACAGGAUUGCGAGAAAUCUUGACUCUUCGCGAUUUGCGCGAAGCCCAUAUCAACAAGCUUGUUCGUGUGACUGGUGUUGUGACUCGCAGAACAGGUGUUUUCCCUCAGCUUAAAUACGUGAAGUUCAAUUGUGUCAAGUGCAACACCGUUUUAGGUCCAUUUGUUCAAGACUCGAAUUCUGAAGUCAAGGUUUCCUUCUGUCAUAGUUGUAGUUCACGAGGUCCGUUUGUGCUCAACUCUGAAAAAACCCUGUACAGAAAUUUCCAAAAAAUCACACUACAAGAAUCCCCUGGCACAGUUCCAGCUGGUCGUUUGCCACGACAUCGAGACGUUAUUUUGUUGUGGGAUUUGAUUGAUUCAGCAAAGCCUGGUGAAGAAGUUGAUAUUAUCGGCAUUUAUAAAAACUCAUAUGAUGGGUCACUAAAUGCCAAAAACGGUUUCCCUGUGUUUUCCACAGUUAUUGAAGCUAACUCUGUGAAACGAAGAGAUGCUGGUCGUGUUGGAGAGUUUAACCUGUCAGGAGAAGAAGAGCGCCGAAUUCAAAACCUGAGUAAGCAACGGGGUAUCAUUGACAAGAUUAUAACUUCGAUGGCACCAAGUAUCUACGGCCAUAGAGACAUCAAAACAGCAAUUGCGUGUUCUCUUUUUGGUGGUGUUUCAAAGAAUGUGGGCAACAAACAUAGCAUUCGUGGCGACAUUAAUGUAUUGCUUCUUGGUGAUCCCGGUACGGCCAAGUCACAGUUUCUAAAAUAUGCAGAAAAGACAUCACAUCGAGCGGUAUUCGCCACUGGUCAAGGUGCCUCUGCUGUCGGUUUAACCGCGUCUGUACGCAAGGAUCCUAUCACACGUGAAUGGACUUUAGAAGGUGGUGCCCUCGUGCUGGCUGAUAAAGGUACCUGUUUAAUUGACGAGUUUGAUAAAAUGAAUGACCAAGAUCGCACAUCUAUUCAUGAAGCAAUGGAACAACAGUCCAUUUCAAUCUCUAAAGCAGGUAUUGUGACGACGCUACAGGCGCGGUGCGCCAUUAUAGCUGCAGCCAAUCCCAACGGUGGUCGGUACAAUGCCACUAUACCCUUUUCACAAAAUGUAGAUUUGACAGAACCUAUUUUGUCACGUUUUGAUAUUUUGUGCGUGGUUCGUGAUAUGGUCAACCCGGAGAUUGAUGAGCAGCUGGCCUCCUUCGUUCUGGAUUCACAUAUGACUGCACACCCUGAUGAUAAUGAUGAAGAUGAUGGCGAUGAUGAUGAUGAUGAUGAUGAUGAUGAUGAUGAUGAUGAUGAUGAUGAUGGAAUUGCUAAAUCUAAAGAUAAAGCUAUGGAAGAAAAUGAAACAACUCAGCCUUCCCAGCGUUUGGGUUCUACUGGCCCAGAUUUGUCUCAAGAUCCAAUGAAUCAAAAAUCCAAGUAUGCUGAAGUUCAAGAGAAUGCUAUUCCUCAAGACCUUUUAUGCAAGUAUAUUUAUUAUGCUCGCACAAGAGUAACACCGAUGAUGUACAACAACAGCUACGAAGAUAAGCUCAAGGAUUUAUAUGCUGCGCUUCGUCGCGAGUCUAUUGCCACUGGUUCUUAUCCCAUUACUGUUCGACAUUUUGAGAGUAUCAUUCGUAUUGCUGAAGCUUUUGCAAGAAUGGAAUUACGUGACUUUAUAACUGAAUACCAUAUUGAGCGUGCUAUCAAGGUAACUACGCAGUCAUUUAUUGGCGCUCAGAAGCUAAGUGUUAGACGAUCGCUGCAGCAAAGCUUCGCAAAGUAUACUUUAUAG